AUGGCACCAAAGAAAUAAACAUAAAAGAAAUAAGCUUAAACAAGUAAAAUGUUAUAGUUAUUCCAUUAGCCAAAAAAUAACCAGCUAAAAUAGAGAAAGUUCAACCUGCCCCAAUAGUUCCUAGUGUGUCAUAGACUAAACCUAAGAACAAUAAACCAGACUUCUAUUUUGUUAUUCCACAAGAUGAAGAAGAGCAUUAUAGAAAAGAAGUAUACCAAAGAAGAGAGAAUAGAAAUAAGAGUUGCAUAGAUAUGAAUGAAAUUAGACAGUACAAUUAUAAUUAAAAGGAGGGAUAAUUUCGCGCCUCAAGAGAUUCCUGUUAUUAAUAAGGUAACUUAAAAAAUUGUGAUUGAGUAAGAAUCUACCAAUAAUAAUUCACAGUUAUUUACUUUGAAUCCAUCAGAGACUUCUACUAGUUUUUCGAGAUAAUUAAAUAAACCUAAAAUAUUAUCCAUAAAACCAAAAAAAUUAAUAGCUAAUGUUAAAACUCGAGAUGAUACUAUGGAUAUGGAAGAUGAUUGGUAUGAAGAACUUAACAAGGAUAUCAAUCAUACUAAACAUUUCUUAUUAGGAGUUCCAAAACAAUAAUCAAAUCAUAAUGAAAAAUCUUUGACAACUGAAAGGAAUUCAUUUACCAAGAAUACUAAGAAGAUUGAUCUUGAUUUACAAAUUGAUACUACUCAAAUUUAACCAACUAUUAAAUUAACAAAAGCUAUGAAAACUAAAUUAGAUUCUAUGAAUGAAUGCUAUAAUUCUUUAUAAGAAGCAACAGUUCCAGAAGAAAUUCUAUGUAGAGAUUAAGAAAAAGAAUUAAUUACUAAAUUUAUUGAAGAUGGAAUCAAGAAUAACGGUUAAUCAUAGGCGUUAUGUAAAAUUGAUUAAUUUAAAUUUUAGACAUAUCUGGAGUACCAGGUAUUGGUAAGACUGCAACUGUAAUGGAAGCAUAAAAGAAAUUAUCUAGUAAAAAGGAUAAUUUUUAAUUUAUCUAUGCAAAUGCUAUGAAUUUUGGAUUGCCUGAUAAUAUUUAUUCAUUUUUAUUGGAAAAACUUACAAAUAUUAAAGAUGCAUCAAAAGUCUAAGCUUGCAUUUUAUUAAGUAUUUAAACUUCAUUAUUAUUUUAGCUGAACUUUUUACUAAAGGUUGUUUACCUACUACAUAUAAGGCUUAUGAAAAAUCAGUAAUAAAAAAGAAUAGAGUUAUUUUAUUAGAUGAAUGUGAUAAUCUAUUUACUCCUGAUUAAUAAGUGUUAUAUAAUUUAGUUGAUUGGCCAUAAUAAAAACAUGCUAAAUUGACAAUUAUUAUGAUUGCUAAUACAAUGGAUUUUCCUGAAAGACUCAAACCUAAAUUAUAAUCAAGACUUGGAAAUCAUAGAGUUGUAUUUAGACCAUAUACUAGUGCUUAAAUAGAAACAAUAUUACAAUAAAGAAUGAAAGAAAAGAAAAUUAAAGAAUUAUUUGCUUCAAAUACUCUGAAUUAUUUAGGUAAAAAGAUAGCCACAAUAUCAACUGAUAUUAGAAAAACUUUAUGUGUUUGUAGAAAGGCAAUAGAGAUUGGAAAAGAGGAACUUUUAAGAAGUGGAUAAUUUAAAUAAAUUGAAGUUAAUCAUGUGAAAAUAGCUUAUGAUAGAAUUUAUAAUAAAGCUUAUCAUACAUGUUUACAUUCAUUUAGUAAAUCUUUGAAAUUGUUAAUAAUUACUAUUGCAUUAGAAAUUCAUAUUAAAGGAUAUAAUGUAGCAUAUCUUCAGCAAGUUCUUUCAAGAUAUAAUCAAUAUUUAAUAUAAAAUAAAGAUGAUCCUAUAGGUUAUUAAGAGAUGAAAUAAAUAUUAUUGAAAUUAAGUGAAUUAAAUUUAGUUGAAAUAAAAGAAUAGAAUGUUUUAUUAACAAAAACAACUUGGUAAUAGAAAGUGAAUGUAAAUUAUUAGUAUAAUUUUAGGAUUCCUUAUAAAAGGAUAAUCUUAGAAAUAUUAAUGAGGUAAUGAUACAUUUGAAAAUAACUGUUGAUGAUGUAAAGAAUGGAUUAUCAAAUGACACAUUGUUUUAAUAAUUUUCUUAGUUUUUUUGA